UUCGGCGGGGUGAGAGGUCAGCAGAGCGCCGGUCGGCCGGGGCGACAAUGGCGGGGCUCUGGGUUGGGGCGGCGGCGCUGGUCGGGGCCGGACGGCGUGGGCGGCGGUUGCCGCAGCCGCUGAUGCGGAGCUCAGCGCUGUGGACCCUGAAGCAUGUCCCACACUACUCAAGACAGCACUUAAUGGUGUCCCGUAGUCUCUGUUCAGCAGGAUAUGAUUCUAAUGAAAAAACUUUUGAUAAAAUUCUUAUUGCUAAUAGAGGAGAAAUUGCAUGUAGGGUUAUUAAAACUUGCAAGAAGAUGGGCAUUAAGACAGUUGCCAUCCACAGUGAUGUUGAUGCUAGUUCUGUUCACGUGAAAAUGGCGGACGAGGCUGUCUGUGUUGGCCCAGCUCCCACCAGUAAAAGCUACCUCAACAUGGAUGCCAUCAUGGAAGCCAUUAAGAAAACCAGGGCCCAAGCUGUACAUCCAGGUUAUGGAUUCCUUUCAGAAAACAAAGAAUUUGCCAAAUGUCUGGCAGCAGAAGAUGUCAUUUUCAUUGGACCUGACACACAUGCCAUUCAAGCCAUGGGUGACAAGAUUGAAAGCAAAUUAUUAGCUAAGAAAGCAAAGGUUAACACAAUCCCUGGCUUUGAUGGAGUAGUCAAGGAUGCAGAUGAAGCUGUCAGAAUUGCAAGGGAAAUUGGCUACCCUGUCAUGAUCAAGGCCUCAGCAGGUGGUGGUGGGAAAGGCAUGCGAAUCGCCUGGGAUGAUGAAGAGACCAGGGAUGGUUUUCGAUUUUCAUCUCAAGAAGCUGCUUCUAGUUUUGGUGAUGAUAGACUACUAAUAGAAAAAUUUAUUGAUAACCCUCGUCAUAUAGAAAUCCAGGUUUUAGGUGAUAAACAUGGGAAUGCUUUGUGGCUCAAUGAAAGAGAAUGCUCAAUUCAGCGAAGAAAUCAGAAAGUGGUGGAGGAAGCACCCAGCAUUUUUCUGGAUUCUGAGACUCGAAGAGCGAUGGGAGAACAAGCCGUAGCUCUCACCAAAGCAGUAAAAUAUUCCUCUGCUGGAACCGUAGAAUUCCUUGUGGACUCAAAGAAGAAUUUUUAUUUUUUGGAAAUGAAUACGAGACUCCAGGUGGAGCAUCCUGUCACAGAAUGCAUUACUGGCCUGGACCUAGUCCAAGAAAUGAUCCGUGUUGCCAAGGGUUACCCUCUCAGGCACAAACAAGCUGAUAUUCCCAUCAACGGCUGGGCAGUUGAAUGUCGGGUGUAUGCUGAGGACCCCUACAAGUCUUUUGGUUUACCGUCCGUUGGGAGAUUGUCUCAGUACCAAGAACCAAUACAUCUACCUGGUGUCCGGGUUGACAGCGGCAUCCAACCAGGAAGUGACAUUAGCAUUUAUUAUGAUCCAAUGAUUUCAAAACUGAUCACAUAUGGUUCUGAUAGAACUGAAGCACUGAAGAGAAUGGAAGAUGCACUGGAUAAUUAUGUUAUUCGAGGUGUUACACAUAAUAUUGCAUUGCUCCGAGAGGUGAUAAUCAACUCACGUUUUAUAGAAGGAGACAUCAACACUAAAUUUCUUUCUGAUGUGUAUCCUGAUGGCUUUAAAGGACACAAGUUAACAGAGAAUGAGAGAAACCAAUUAUUGGCAAUAGCAUCAUCAUUGUUCGUGGCAUUCCAAUUAAGAGCACAACAUUUUCAAGAACAUGAAAAUUCAAGAGUGCCUAUUAUUCAACCACAAGUGGCUAACUGGCAGCUCUCAGUAAAAUUGCAUGACGAAGUUCAUACUGUCGUAGCAUCAAACAGUGGGCCAACAUUCUCUGUGGAAGUUGAUGGGUUGAAACUAAAUGUGACCAGCACGUGGAACCUGGCUUCACCCUUAUUGUCUGUCAGCGUUGAUGGCACUCCGAGGACGGUGCAGGCAAUCCAGGAGUGUCAGUGUAUUUACUGUUGUACACAGAGCAUCCUGCGUGUUUUUCUAAAAACAUGGGAAGAUAGCAUUUUUGUUGCCAUUGUGGGUUUUUAGUUAUAAAAUAUGACUUUGUUACCUUCCUUUUCUGUGUGACUGAGAUUGUGUACUGUUCGAUCAGCAGAAAUGUGAGCUGUUCAGAUGGACUUGCCAGAACACCUUGAUGCCUUUUAAAAAUUCAGUGAUCUUAACAUGUUAACCUUUCUUUUCCCUGCAAAAUACAAUCUCUUACAUUGAGGAAAUGACUUGAAAUCCAGAGUUGACUGAAUAUUCUUUGCUAUCGGUGGCUUCCGUAUUGAAGUAGAAGCUACAAAGGGAGGUGCUGCCAGAGUUCCUGCAGCUCACCUCCUAGUUGAGGGGGAGGGUUCCAGGGAAAACAAAACAAAGAACUCCACGUAACAUGUGACGAUCACAUGCAGAUAAAAAUCCAGACCCCCACCCCCACCCCACAGUAUUAAACGCUCAUUCUUUUUGUUGUUGUUUUUUACAAAAAUAUUUUUGUGUUUCCUUAACUUGAUUUUACACAGGAAACUGAUUUUUAAAACCUAGAGAAGUCAACAGAAUCACAGAUCAAGACUUCUCUAUACCAGAUUCACAUAUAUCUCUAUUAGAGACAGAGGUAGUCUAGAAACUUCCUGGUAAAUAUUUAAUGACUAAACUAAUUUAUAAGCCAGGCUUAACUGGUAGAUUAUCUUUAUGGUUCUAACAAACAUUGAAUGUUCAGGACCGAGUCUUAUAUUUUGGCUUUGGUUUUCUGGCUUGCCCCAGUAUAUUUAUUCUCUCAUAUUUUCUUUCAUAUUCUCAUUAUGAGGUGAAAUACUUUGAGACCCUUGGAAAAAAUAUCACUGCAUAAUUUCACACUUCCAAAAACAUGGUUUUGUGAUAUUUGUUUAUGUAUAAUAGAAUAUGCUCUGCCCUGAAUGUGCUGUGGCCAGGCAGCAUUUUCUGGUCAGGGGACAUAAUAUGACCUGCCAGUAGAGAGAUACAAAUUCCUACUACCCAAAUUAGUGUAUCAUAUUUUCAGCUUCCUUCUCAAUGACUGUGUAGAUAGGUAGCCUGAUGGCACUUUUAUAUGUAGAGUUUCUAGCUAAAUUAAUACUGGAUAUGUAUUUAGAAUAAUUCCCAGAAAUAUUUUCCCUAUCAUAGGGAUACUGUUCAGUAAAUCCUUGUCAUUCUUGUAAGUUCUUUGCUUAAAAAAAAAAAAAAAAAAUUAGGGGCUUCUGGGUGGCUCAGUUGGUUAAACGUCUGACUUCAGCUCAGGUCAUGAUCUCACUGUUAGUGAGUUCGAGCCCUGUGUUGGGCUCUGUGCUGACAGCUGAGAGCCUGGAGCCUGCUUCCGAUUCUGUGUCUCCCUCUCUCUC